UCCGGAUAUAGCAGACACUAUCUCCGAUGAUAUGAAGUUCUUAGCACAAGGUCCGGCACAAGAUGCAAGAAGAUUCAGUGCUUAUAACAUUAAUGGAUUCAAAUUUCGAACUUUGUCUAGAGAACAAGGAUUAAAAACUCAAAAUAGCGGAGUCUUUCUUGUCUCUGACACUUCUUGUGUUGCAUCUAGUGCAGAUAGAUAUGCAAGACAAGCAGACCUGCCAUAUUACGGGAGGUUAGAAGAUAUUAUUGAGCUUAAUUACUAUGGCCGAUUCAGGGUUGUUCUCUUCAAAUGUCAGUGGGCUGACACUACUCGAAACAGAGGGUUCAAAUCAGAUGUUUGGAAGUUUAAUUGUGUCAACUUCUCUAAAUUGAUUCACACUGGUGAUCGUGAGGAUGACGAUCCGUAUAUUGAAGCAUCACAAGCAAAUAUGGUCUAUUAUGUUGAUGAUGAAACUAAUAAAGGAUGGAGUGUGGCUGUUCAUCUAAAGCCAAGAGAUUUGUUUGACAUGGGAGAGGUUGAUGAAGAGGAAAUAUACGAGAAUGAACCAUAUCGACAACAAGAAUUUGGACAAUUUUUUGAUGUUGAUUACGAGAAUAUCCAAAUUGCAAUAGAGGAGAAUAUGACUGAAUAGGAUUCAUUAUUGAAUUGUAGAUAUGCCAAGGUUCAAGCGUUUGCAGAAGAAGCAAAAUUCAGUUCAGUCAGUAUCCCAUCCAGCUCCGAUGGAUCAGGCCGCACCACAGCCGGCUCAAGCAGUUCACCAAGCAUCACAGCCAUCUCGAUCAGUUCAUUCGACAUCAAAUUUGGCUUCGACAGAUCAGGACUCACCACAACCAUCUCUGUCAGUUCACUCGACAUCACAUUUGGCUUCGACAGAUCAGGACUCAACACAGCCAGCUCCAACAGUUCAGGCCGCAUCCAAAAAGCGUUCUAGGUCGCAUUGGAUUGUAGACGCAAUUGAUUCAGAAGAAAAUAUCAGGAAACUCAGAGUGAAAGUUAAUGAAGUGAUCAAUUUAACGUGUGAAGAACGUAUUGUGGUUGAUUUUGAUUACUUGGAUGAACCAUUUGGAGAUGGACGCGGCCUUCUUUCACGCUUUUGUGGAAUUUUGGCGUGUGACUGCUCUUUAUUUCCAAUCAACUUUGAGAAAUGGUUAAGUUUACCUAUUUCAUACUUCAACCGCGUCUUCGAUCAAAUUAUAAAGCCAAGUGAUGCGGCGAGUGGAUCCCUUUCGCCCAUGGACGCAAGAAGAUCAUGCGGUGAUAGUAAUCCUAGUGACAACCGUUGAUUUCAUUGUAUUGUUUGGUAGGAACAGAUGUUAGAAUGCUGGAAUGAAUGUACUGUGUUUAAAUUUAGUUUUUGAGUGAUCUGAUAAUGCUACUUAAAUUUUUAGUUUCAAAAACUAAUGGUACUUUAUGAUAACAUUUGUGAUUUUACGAUAUGUUAUCGA